AUGACAGUAUACUAUCUUCACGGUCCGAUCAGAUCAUCGUUGUUCCCCCAACGCAAAAUUAAUCCCAUCCCAUCUCCACUCCACUACACCUACCCCCCUCAGGUUUCCGCAGCGACGAACGAAACGGCCGGUCAGAUCGUGAGUUCCGAUUCCACUGGUCCGACUCAGACAAAGAAAGACAAGACAGGAGACACGAGAAUACCAGGGAAAAGAAGAAAAAACGGGAGAGCUUGUUUCAAGGUUGGGCGACGAGGCUCUCGAGCUCAACUUAUCUCAUGA